UCCAAUGUAGGCUCCAGACAGGCAUGCGUGGUGCCUUUGGGAAGCCCCAGGGCACAGUGGCCAGGGUUCACAUUGGCCAGGUCAUCAUGUCCAUCCGCACCAAGCUGCAGAAUAAGGAACAUGUGAUUGAGGCUCUUCGUAGAGCCAAGUUCAAAUUCCCUGGGCGCCAGAAGAUCCACAUCUCAAAGAAAUGGGGCUUUACUAAGUUUAAUGCAGAUGAAUUUGAAGACAUGGUUGUUGAGAAGCGACUCAUUCCUGAUGGCUGUGGUGUCAAAUAUAUUUCUAAUCGUGGUCCCCUGGACAAGUGGCUAGCCCUACACUCCUGAGGGCUUUCAUGGUGCUCUCCUGUACCCUACCAAAUCAUGUUCAGUAAUAAAUCUCACAUCCAGUCUGCU